UGUUUCUUGAGCAUUUCUGUUUGCGUCGGCUAUUGACUGCUUAGCAGGAGUUCUAUGGAUUCGGCAACUGAAGCAUGACGACAUUGCGAAAGCUUGUGCAAGAAGCCGCUUAAGUUAUCGAGAUCGGAGCGAUACCCGUGUCUCGGCAUUGCGAUUGGCGCGCUUCUCCGGAAUAGGGAAAAGGGACAUCAUGAGUGCUCCCCCUCCUCGCAUCGCCCACGAUGUCGAAAAGUUGGGGCCACAGCAGACGAUGGAGUCGCGCCCUCAUGACGACGAUGACGCUCGCAUGAAGGAAGCCGUACACAGCGACGAAAAGGCGCUGCCGUCGUCUUCCUCGGACGACGACCCGCCGGGAAUCGUGGCGCAGGACACGGACCCGGACACGGAUGCUGGGCACGGGGCCGGCGCCGAUGCCAGCGGGAUCGUGGGCCGGGUGCUCAGUCGGGCCACAUCCAGGUCCAGUAUUGUACAAGGUCCGCCUCCCGAUGGGGGCGUCACCGCAUGGAUGGCGAUCUUCAGCGCCCAUCUGGUCAUUAUGAAUACCUGGGGCAUCGUCAACUCCUUCGGCGUCUUUCAAUCCUACUACACCACUCUUCUCGGCCGCCCGCCGUCGGACAUAGCCUGGAUCGGCUCCUUCGAGGUCUUCCUCCUCUUCUUCAUCAGCACCUUCAGCGGCCGCCUCACCGACGCAGGCUACUUCCGCCACCUAUUCAUCGCCGGUUUUCUCUUUGUCUUUCUCGGCAUGUUCGCCACCUCCUUCUGCUCGCAGUACUGGCAAUUAUUCCUCUCGCAGGGGAUCUGUCUAGGCCUCGGCAACGGCUUGCUCUUCUGCCCGGCACUAUCGACGGCGUCAACCUACUUUGACAAGAAGAGGGCCCUCGCUCUGGGGUUCGUGUCGAUUGGCAGCUCGACGGGAGGGCUGAUCUACCCCAGCAUGGUGAGGCAGCUGCUUCCGAGUAUCGGGUUCGGGUGGACGAUCCGCGCUAUCGCGUUCGUGCAGGCCGGCACGCUGGUCAUCAGCUUCAUCUUCCUGAAGCCGAGGGUCAAGCCCAGGAAAGCCGGCAGCAUCGUCGAGUGGGCUGCUUUCAAAGAGUUGGAGUACACUUUUUACGCCAUAGGAUCGUUCCUAAACUACCUAGGCGUCUUCUUCGCCUUCUACUACUUAGCCUCCUACACCCGCGACAUAAUAGGCCUCUCCUACAACGCCUCCCUCAACCUCCUCCUCGUCCUCAACGGCGUCGGCGUACCAGGCCGCAUCCUCCCCGGCUACAUCGCCGACCGCGUCGGCUCCAUAAACACCCUCAUCCCAAUGUCCCUCGCCUCCGGCAUCCUCAUGUACUGCUGGAUCGCCGUCUCCUCGACAGCGGGUCUCUACGUCUGGACCCCCUUUUACGGCCUCGUCGCCAGCGCGAUCCAGAGCCUGUUCCCCUCGGCGCUGAGCCAGCUAACGAGCGAUCCGCGGAAGCAGGGGACGCGGAUGGGCAUGACGUUUACGAUUGUGAGUUUCGCGGUGUUGACGGGUCCGCCGAUUGCUGGGGCGAUUAUUCAGGCCGAGGGAGGGAGGUAUGUGGGCGCGCAGGUGUAUGCAGGGUCGUGUUUGCUUGCUGGUAUGUGUUUCUGGUGUGCGGCGAAGAUGGUGAAGACGAAGAGGGCCGGGAUGGGGUUGAAGGUUUGGGUCAAGAUUCUCGGAUUUCGUGCAUAA